ACUCAUGAGCUCGCACUUUGUCGACAUGUCCUCCGCCGCCGCCGCCACCACCGUGUCGACGUCGAGCAAGUACAGCGUCAUCCUGCCCACAUACAAUGAGCGGCGGAACCUGCCCGUGAUCCUGUACCUGCUCUGCACCACCUUUGAGGCCCACUCGAUCGACUACGAGAUCGUCAUCGUCGACGACAACUCGCCCGAUGGGACACAGGAUGUGGCGCGGAAGCUGGCCGGCGUGUGGGGCGACGACCGCAUUGUCCUGCGCCCACGGCCGGGCAAGCUGGGCCUGGGCACCGCCUAUGUGCACGGGCUCGAGAGCUGCACGGGCGACUUUGUCAUCAUCAUGGACGCCGACUUCAGCCACCACCCGCGCCACAUUCCCGAAAUGAUCCGGCUCCAGACCACAACGGGGGCCGACAUUGUGCAGGGCACGCGCUACAGUGGGCCCUCGACGGGCGCAGGCGUCUACGGCUGGAACCUGAAGCGGAAACUCGUCUCGCGCGGCGCCAACCUCCUCGCCUCGUUUGUCCUUGGCCCACGCACGACGGACGUCACCGGCAGCUUUCGCCUCUACAAGCGGCCCGUCAUCCACACACUCAUGCGCCAGUGCACCUCCAAGGGCUACGUCUUCCAGAUGGAGAUUCUCGUGCGAGCACGUGCUGCAGGCUACAGCAUCACCGAGUGCCCCAUCGUCUUUGUCGACCGCGUCUACGGCGAGAGCAAGCUGGGUGGCGACGAGAUUGUGGGCUAUGCAAAGGGCGUCUGGAACCUCUUUGUGGGCAUCUGAGGCGGCCGACGAUGUUACAUUGGCAAUUAUAUCCAUUUAGAGCAGAGC